CGACAUACUGUACUCGGUGAUAUUGAUGAUAUUGUUAUGGCAUUUGAGAUCUUUUAUAUUUCUUUGCACGCUAUAGUUAUAACUUACAAUUACUUUUUUUAUUUUUAUGAAAUUGUUUGAUAUUGUUGUUUCCCAGCACACUCUACUCACUGAAACAAAUUAAUGAGUAAGACUGUAUUCUGCCUGACCUCUUUUUCCAUACCGAGAGUUCUCUCAGCAUCCUCUGCUCCUCCGAGAUCUCCUCUCUUUCUGAUGAGCCUCCAUCAUCACUCCAGCCGUCACUGUGGCAUCUUCUGGAGGACGGCGACGUAAAAUACACAUACCACUGACCAUAUCUUAGCAUUUCACGACUGAAGCCACCGGAUUAAAUGUUUUAUAUGCUUUCAAUAUUCAACAACAUAGCUGGUAAUGAGAAGAAAAAGUGACAUUACACUGAUAUAUAACAUUUAGUUAUAUAAAUAGCAUGAAAACUGUCAAGUGGAGAAUUGUUCCUGAACACAAUGACAAAGACAUGCAGGAUUUGGACAAACCUGAGGACUCUUCCAGCUUCCCACGGACAGUGUAAACACCAAUCCAGUCCAGAUUGAGCAAGAUUUUACUUUGAUGUUUGAUGAUGCCAUCUCUGCAAAGUUCCUGGAGAAGUGGCCCACAAUUUACAAGCAAAAAGUCCUUGAACAAAGCCGUGGUCUCACACAGUCAGAUGAUCUGCAGUACCUCGUCCAGACUGCUGAAUCCACAACAGAAGUCGAAAGUGGAUGGGACAGUGACAUGUCGUCCAUUUUGAUCCUUGUGCACCUGCUGCCACCGUCACCUCAAGGCCGCAAGAGACCAGGAAAGCUCUCCGCCAGACAAGCCAGUGAGUAUCUUGUGAAGUUCAUCGAGACAGGGACCAGCAUCCAGGGGCAUCUCGAUGGAAUCGCAGACAGCCUUCAACCAUACCUGCUUGCUGUGGGAACUCAGAGGAAUGUGAUUCACAAGUACUUCAUUGUCAUUGACAAACAUGCAAUAUCUUGUAAGUCAUCUGGCUCUCUUGCUUGUUUUGAUGAGCUUUUCAAAGCUCACUUUGUCUUUGGCACUUCGUACAACCACGAUCUCGUCAAUGUGUACAACUUCCUUCAGACAACCAUUUAUGAAAUCGAUAUUGAUACAACCAAGGUGAAUCCUAGAGUUGCAGAGUUGAGGGCUCGGAUGCUGCGUUGAGUAGAUUUUUUCUGUGAGGGCUCCAUUACAGAAUUAAGGUAUUCUGAAAUGUUGUUUUUCAUUUGUAAGUGCUCUCAGACAAAUACUAAUUUAGUUGUAUGUGUUAAAAUUCACUAUGACAUGCCAGUUUUUCAUAAGAUCCACCAUGCUGUUGUGAAGGAUGAGAAAUUGUUUUUUUGUUACUUUUGCACUACAAACGGUAUGUCUCAUCGAACAUUUUAAUGCAUUUCAAGUUUUGUACACAACAGACGGACCUCAUAUUGUGUUUGUCAACGAUCUUUUCUGUCACAAAGCAUUCGAUUUACAGGUGUCUUGCAGUCAUGACUCCAGUUUUUAUAUUGUGCCAUACUGUUUCCUGUGAACACUUAAUAAAGUAAAGGUGUCACUUAAGGUAUUGGGUUCUGAUCUAUUUUUUUCACCUUUUU